AUGAUACGGAUAGCUUCAUGCUAUUUAAAACGUCUAACUGUUGUGAUACUUCUUGCGGCGUUUGUUUAUUGCGUUGUUCAAGUCCUGAAAUCAGAGUUAAAUUUCAACGACAAUGAUUUGUCUAACAGUGACAAGUUAAUGCACAUUUCCCAGCUGAUAAGAGACUCAAAUAAGCAGAAAAAGUACACAGAAGAUGGCGUCGCCUGCAAGCUUCCUGAGCUGGAGAUCAACAAUCCUGAGAUUCUUAAAUUUAUCCACGAAGUUCCACCGCUGCAGUGCUCACCCGAAGACUGGGUCACUGCCGAGGGCUCACGUGUUUUCAUUCUGGAACGUGCUCGCGAGCGUUACGGUCCAAUUACCUGUGCUUUCAGUGAAAUUUUACGUGUAGAUGAUUACACUGUGCGUCUUACAGAGCCUCAUGAGUCUGACGAUGCGUAUAUUUUACGCAACAGUGAUUUUGUUGACGUUAAAUGCGAAUCUAAAAUCGGUAAUCAAUGGCACAGCGUCCUAGCGGGUGUAAAAGAAGAUCCAGAAAUAAAGAAAACAAUAUCUUGGGAAAAUAUUCCCGAAGGAGGAUUGAACCUGAACGUCCUGAUGUUUGGAUUCGACUCUCUAUCCCGCAACGCUUUCAUCAGGAAGCUACCGAAGACAUAUCAAUACUUAAAACAGUCGCUGAACGCUCAGGUGCUCGAGGGGUACAACAUAAUCGGUGACGGGACUCCUCAAGCCUUGAUCCCUAUACUUACAGGUAAAAUCGAGCUGGAGCUUCCCGAGACAAGGAAGCGGAUGGGUGCUCUGGCGAAUUACGUCGACGUGUAUCCGAUGAUCUGGAAGAAAUACAAAGACAGCGGAUACAUAACCGGAUUCAUGGAAGACGUCCAUCACAUCGGGACGUUUACUUACCGGCUGAAAGGCUUCAAAGAACAGCCAACAAAUCACUACAUGCGUACUUAUUACCUGGCAGCUGAGCCAUAUUUCAAGUACUCGAAGAAAUUCUGCAUGGGUGGAUUGCCGCGUCAUGUGGUUAUGAUGAAUUACAUUAAAAAUAUUUACGACGUUUAUCGUGACAAGCCUAAAUUUAUAUUCGGGUUCCACGGAGAGCUCUCCCACGACUCUUACAAUGACAUCGGAGCGGCUGACGUUGAUUUACUGAAGUGGGUGAAGAGUCUGCAGGACCAAGGACACCUCAACAACACGGUGCUGAUCCUGAUGAGCGACCACGGCCACAGAUUCGCCAAAAUUCGCAACACCUUGGCGGGCAAGCAGGAAGAAAGAUUGCCUUUCUUUGCAUUUAUUUUCCCUCCGUGGUUCAAGCAAGUCCACCCGCGAGCUUACGCGAACUUUGUGUACAACACUAGGCAUCUGUCGACGCCGUUUGAUAUCCACAAAACCCUGGAACGGAUCCUCAAGAUGGAAACUCCCAAGGAUGCAGACACCCAGGAGCGAGACAUCAGUCUGUUUGACAAAAUUCCUGCGGACAGAACUUGUGCCGACGCUUUCAUUGAACCUCACUGGUGCGUCUGUCUCACCUGGCAGGAAAUACCGGUCACUAACAGCACCGUCGUCGAGGUAGCCUUGAGCUUUAUUAAGUUUUUGAACUCUUACACCCAAGAGCACAGAAACAUCUGCGAGAUUUUGCGACUGGAUGAAAUUAUGUGGGCAGCUAAGCUUGUUCCUACCAAGGGGCUGCUUAAGUUUGAAAAGUCCAGUGAUAAAGACGGGUUCAUCGGGGACUUUAGUGCCAAAACUCACCUGACCAAUGAAAUUUAUCAGAUUAAAGUCAAACUAUCACCUGGGGGUGGAAGUUUUGAAGCCAGCAUUGAUCAUAAUAUUGAAAAAAAUAUUUUUAGCACUAAGAUAUCACAUGUUAGCAGGAUAAAUAAAUAUGGAUCGCAGGCGAGAUGUGUUGAAAAUGAAUUUUUCCAUCUACGGAAAUAUUGUUACUGUAAAAAUUAA